UUUAAAUCUUCCGUUGCAUUGCACGCGGUAAGAGCGGCACGACACCCGUGUUCCGUUCGGUAAUGAUUCAGCGAUUGUUCCUCUCUGCUAGCUAACGUUAGCCUCCGCCGCUCCGCGCAGAGCGGGAGGAGCUAACGUUACCGUCGGCUAACAGCCACAGACUGUGUGAGCAGUUGACCUGUUACGCGGUUAUUCCAACGCAGAACCAAACGGACACUGAAGUGAAGCCGUAAAACGGAAAGAAACACGACGCUUGUUUUGUUUACGCCGCAGUUCGCCUGCUCAGGUCACCUGCUGUCAUCCAGCCUGUCCUCUCUUGGCUUUUAUUCACGUUGGCUCACUGGGACUUAACGUAAUUAACGUUACACAUUUACAACUCAAAUUAUGUCCUCCCACCGUUACACGUAUCAGUGGGGAUAUAAUGUACCUGCAUACGGGUUACUACAUUUCUGAGGUGUAGAGUGAUGCAGCAGAAGUUGUGUUCCAGAGGUUCUGGUUCUUUCCUCUUAGAGAGGAACGGGAAGGCCUGCGGCGCCGUCAGCGUCAGCACCUGCGACCUUCCCUUCCGCUGCCCCCGCUGUGGCGAGCAGGAGCGCUUCCGCAGCCUGGCCUCGCUCCGCGCCCACCUGGAGUACCACCACGCGUACCGCUCGCCAGACGUGGUCACGGGCGGCUUCAGCAUCACCGGCAAACUCCCCGACUCGUUGACGGCGGCGAUCCCCUGGCACGACAUGAGCCUCCCGACCCGCAGGGGGCAGCAGAGCGCAGGGCGGCCACCUCAUGCCCGCUCCCUCAGCGACAGCAGAGACAGCGGUUACGUCCACUCCUACGCCUCGGUGAGGAGACGCACCCAGAGUGUGGGUGUGGGGACGCAGGCCGAGGAGGAGGAGGGGGGCGAGGAAGAGGAAGGGGGGACAGAAGAUGAUGAUGUGGGAGAAGAGGAGGAGGAAGAUGGUGAAGAGAGAGAUGGAGGUAGAAAUGAGGAGGAUAUCAAAAUGUCCAUAAGAAGGUCUGAUACAGGCCCUCACCUCAAUCACCAUCGCCUCCCGUUCCCUCCUCCAGCCCCUCUUGGCCCCCCUUUGGACCCGGACCUGGACCUGGAGCUCGACGUGGUCGAGCACAACUCGUACUCUGGUUUGGAGACAGCAGCAGCCUCGGCCGCCGUGCGGCGGCGACUGGCCAGCAUCCUGCGGGCGGCCGACAGCACCAUGCAGCGCCGGCUGGCCAAGGUGAGCACCGAGCUCGCCCAGACCGACACGGAGCUCCUGUGUGAGCGCGCUCACUCACAGCACCUGGCCCAGGAGAGGCAGGAAGUUGCUGAGAGGGAACGGUCGCUGAGCCGGCAGGUGGACGUGGCAGUCAUGGUGAUCGCCGCGUUGAGGGAGCAGCUCAACGCCUCAGAGAAUGAGCUGGAACGGCGUGAGAGGGAGGUGAUAACCAUCCAGAAGUUUCUGGAAGCCGCGGCUCGACAGGAGACGUGCGGUAAAGUUCGAAUACAGCGCUUCAUCGAGAAUCUGCUGAGACGCAUCGCUCUGGCCGAGAGGCUGGUCGAGUAUUACCAGGUCAACGGCAGCCCGCAACAGUGCAGCCACUACCAGCACCAGCAGCCAACUGAUAAUGGACCUCACAGAAUCACUAAAAGCAGGUCAGCAGGAGGUCAGCUCUCCUCGUCUGGCCUCCCCGACAACAGAACCCACUCCUCGCAGUUUGGCGGCCGUCCUCUGUUCUCUAAACCGGGCGGGGAGCGAGACCGCGAGCAGGAGCACCGGGAGCGGCUGGCCCAGUCGUCCAGGCUGUUCUGCCGACCCGAGCACAGAGACGACAUCUGGAACCGGCAGCGGCGCCGGUCUGCCGGGUACGAGGCGUAAGAGAUGUGCAGAGAAACGCCAGGGAGAGGAGGAGUCAGCAGGGACGACAAUGACUUUAUUCCAGUGUGAUAACCUAUGGAAAAGUACCGCGAGGUCACAUUCACAUCCAGCUUCUUUGGAGUAAAUGUAAUCCCGUCUGAACAAGAAGACAAAACAAGAGAUAAGAGUACACUGAAGCAAAAGAAACUUUUCAAAUUGCUUCAAAUUGAAGAAUACACAUUACAGUAACUAUUACUGCGUGACAGGGUUUAUGAACAUAAUGCAAUAACAAAUACUACUGCAUGACCACAUGGGCAUCACACUGCAUUCAAGGUCUUUUAAUGCCAGCGCUGAGUUCUUGCAUAUUUGGAACUUUUCCAUGGAUUACUGCACUGAAAUAGAUCAUUAGGUGUUGCACUGGGUGCU